UCCUGUUAAUAGUUUUGAUUUAACGUUACAGAUACUUCCUAAGUAGGUUUCUGAAUUCCUUUGUUAUAGUUAGAAUGAACUUAAUAAUCAAUUUACAAUUUUUUGAAUAAAACAUAAAGCAUUCUGAACAAUUUGCCUAUGAAAGAAAAUCCUGUGUAAGCCAUUACAUGACGAAUACCUCGGACUGUACUUCAGACUUAAAGAAAGUGAUACUUUUCGAAAUUUAUAGGAUACGAACCAAAUUCGGAUAGAUAAUUGUAACUAUGGCUGAUCAUUUCGGUUUAAAAUGGGACCCAAAAAAUUUGGAAAUACGAACGAUGUCUGUUGAAAAAACUCUGGAACCUCUUGUUUUACAAGUAACCACCCUUGUUAAUACAAAAGGUCCUAGCAAAAAGAAAAAAGGGAAAUCUAAGAGAGCCAAUGCACUUGUUAGUACUGUUGAAAAAGCAACUGAGAAUUUUAUUGAGAAAGGUGAACAAAUUGCCUAUGAAAAUCCAGACAUAACUCAAGAAAUGCUAGCUGCUGUUGAUGAAGUAAGGAAAACAGGCAAUGCAAUGAGUAUUGCAGCUCGGGAAUUUUCUGAAGAUCCCUGUUCUUCUUUGAAAAGGGGAAACAUGGUUAGAGCAGCUCGAAAUCUUCUGUCUGCAGUUACCAGACUUUUAAUUUUAGCAGAUAUGGUGGAUGUGCAUCUGUUAUUAAAAUCUUUAAGAGUAGUUGAAGAUGAUAUUGACAAACUUAGAAAUGCAUCUAGUCAAGGGGAACUUCUUGAUAACAUAAAGAAUUUUAGUAAAAAUGCCAAUGAACUUAUGAAUCAAGCAGCUAAAAGGCAACAGGAAUUAAAAGAUCCCCAAUUAAGAGAUGAUUUGGCUGCAGCAAGAGCUGUUCUUAAAAAACAUUCCACUAUGCUAUUGACAGCCUCUAAAGUUUAUGUGCGUCAUCCUGAACUAGCUGCAGCAAAAGCGAAUCGAGAUUAUGUUCUUAAACAAGUUUGUGAAGCUGUUAAUACAAUAAGUGAUGUAGCACAAGGAAGAACUCCACAACCUUCUCAGAAUCCCUAUGAUGGACCUGGGGAGCUAGCAGCUGCACUUGAUGAUUUUGAUGAUCACAUGCAAAUGGAACCUCUUGCUUACAAUGAAGUUCAUACCAGACCAUCUCUGGAAGAAAGACUGGAGAGUAUAAUAAGUGGUGCUGCACUGAUGGCAGAUUCAAGUUGUACACGAGAUGAACGCCGAGAAAGAAUCGUAGCCGAAUGCAAUGCUGUACGCCAAGCACUUCAGGAUUUGUUGUCUGAGUAUAUGGCCAAUAUGGGAAAUAAAGAACAAAGUGAUGGAUUGACACACGCUAUCGAUCAGAUGGGCAGAAAAACCAGAGAUUUACGUCGUCAAUUAAGAAAAGCUGUUGUGGACCAUGUCUCAGAUAGCUUUAUGGAUACCAAUGUCCCAUUAUUGGUUCUGAUAAAAGCUGCAGAAAAUGGCAACGAAAAAGAAGUAGAAGAAUAUGCUGUGGUGUUCCAAGAACACACAAAUAAAUUAAUUGAAGUUGCAAAUUUAGUAUGUAGCAUGUCUAAUAAUGAAGAUGGAGUAAAAAUGGUUCGUUAUGCAGCUGCUCAAAUUGAAAAUCUUUGCCCGGAAGUAAUAAAUGCUGCUAGGAUCUUGGCAGCUCGCCCUCGUAGUAAAGUAGCCCAAGAGAACAUGGAAGCUUUUAAACAAUCAUGGGAAAAUCAUGUCCGCAUUUUAACAGAAGCUGUAGAUGACAUCACAACGAUAGACGAUUUCUUAGCAGUUUCUGAAAAUCAUAUUCUUGAGGAUGUUAAUAAAUGUGUUUUGGCUUUACAAGAAGGAGAUGCAGAAACACUAGAUCGUACUGCUAGUGGUAUUCGUGGCCGAUCUACAAGGGUAUGUAAUGUAGUUACUGCUGAAAUGGACAAUUAUGAACCUUGCAUUUACACAAAACGCGUAUUAGAAGCUGUAAAGGUUCUUAAUGAGCAAGUAAUGCCCAAAUUCGGUCAAAGGGUUGCAGUAGCUGUUAGUGCUCUUUCAAGUAAUCCACCAAAAGAGGUUGACGAAAACGAUUUCAUUGAUGCUUCAAGACUUGUUUAUGAUGGAGUCAGAGAAAUUCGCAGGGCUGUUCUUAUGAAUAGAGCUGAUGACGAUUUGGAUCCUGAAGAUGUUGAAUUUGAUGAAAAUACAGUAGAAACACGCAGUAAAUCAAGUGCACAUACUGGUGAACAUGGAAUUGAUGAAUAUCCUGAUAUUAGUGGAAUUACCACAGCUAGGGAAGCGAUGGGCAAAAUGCCGGAAGAAGAUAAACAGAAAAUUCUCCAACAAGUGGAAUAUUUCCGCAGUGAAAAGAUGAAGUUUGAUCGUGAAGUUGCAAAAUGGGAUGACACUGGUAAUGACAUUAUUGUUCUUGCUAAACACAUGUGCAUGAUUAUGAUGGAAAUGACAGAUUUUACACGCGGACGUGGUCCAUUAAAAACUACAAUGGACGUAAUAAAUGCAGCUAAAAAAAUUUCAGAAGCUGGUACUAAACUAGACAAACUAACAAGACAGAUUGCAGAGCAGUGUCCAGAAAGUUCUACCAAAAAAGAUCUAUUAGCUUAUCUGCAACGCAUUGCUCUUUACUGUCAUCAGAUGAAUAUUACUUCAAAAGUUAAAGCCGACGUUCAAAAUAUUAGCGGAGAACUAAUAGUAUCAGGGUUGGAUAGUGCAACCUCUUUGAUUCAAGCUGCCAAGAAUUUAAUGAAUGCUGUUGUGCUAACCGUUAAAGCAUCUUAUGUUGCUUCAACCAAAUAUCCAAGACAAGGAACUGUUGCUUCUCCAAUUGUCGUCUGGAAGAUGAAAGCCCCUGAGAAAAAACCUCUGGUUAGGCCAGAAAAACCCGAAGAAGUUCGUGCCAAAGUUAGAAAGGGGUCGCAAAAGAAAGUUCAAAAUCCGAUACAUGCACUUUCUGAAUUCCAAAGCCCCACAGAAUCGGUAUAAGGAAAUAUUUAUGUAUUUUAUGUGGUAUUUAUUGCAUAACUGGUAUAAAACAAGUCAUUGUAUGUUGUAAUCUUAAUAAUGGAGCUUUAGAGUAAACAAAAUAAGUAUUACGAAAAGUCUGAAUUUGUCAUUUUUUACUUUUCUUAAAAAUUGUCUAAAAUAUUUUUCUAAAUAUUACAAAUAGUACUAUCAUUUGACGUGUAAAAUGUUUAAAAGAAAUUCACAUUUUGCUUUCAUAUAUAAUUUUUUUUGCUCAUCACCAUAAUAACCACAUCAUAAAGUGCUUAUUUAGUAUAUUUGCUGUUAUUCUUUUUUAAUACAUGUUAGCUAUUGUUUUUAUUUUGAAUGGAAUGUACUUAAAAGCUCCAUGUGUUUCAAGCUUUGGUACAGGUUUAAAUAUUUAUAAUUUUGCAAAUAUAGAUGUUAAUUAUACAAGUAGGUUCCAUUUUUAUAAAUCAUUAAAUAAAAUCCAUAUCUUGCAUUUAGAAUAAGCAGCAGGUAGUAGAUUUAUAUUCAGAUUCUUUUUUUUGCCCUUAAAAAUGUACUGUAUUAAAGGGCAUUAAUUAUUACACUUUAUAUUUUAUUAUUGUAAUACCAAGAUACCUGUGUGAAAAUAUAUAUUUUCCAUAAUG